AUGGCAACCCCAGCUCUCGUGCACAGAAUACGCUUCAAUAGCACCGUCACAUUCCAGGGAGAUAUGCAUCUGGACAAAUUCCUCACUCGACAGCUCAUGGACGCGCGAAAAACACGGGACAGCUUUCGAACAAAUCUCCUCCGUACGGUCAUUGGCGAACUCCAGACCGAGCAAAAGUUGCUGGCAUCUCAAAAGGGCACUACGCCUGAAAAGCUGGAAGAGAGUGCAUUAAAGAGCGUCAGAAAGGCUAUUACAAAACGAAAAGCAGCUGCAGAAGAGUAUCGAUCCUCCAACCUAGUAGAGACUGCAGAGAAUGAAGAACGAGAAGCAGCCUAUCUAGAGUCUAUUCUCCCAAGACAACUCGACGAGGCCCAACUCCGAGCGGCGAUAGAGAGCGCCUAUGCCGAGAUUCGCUCUGACGAGUCUCUCUUCCCCGCUGACAAGAAUCCUAACCCCAAAGCUAUUGUGGAGCGCAUCUCCGAGCUCGUCGGGGCUAGCCACGGCAAGGGCUCGUUUAGCGGUGGGAGCGUCUUUAGCAUCGUCAUGCCUAUGCUCUCAAAGGAUGGCGUAAUUAAAGCAAAGUCAAAGUAG